UCAGCCGCUGUUGCCAACUCGGGCUCCUUUGGAACCGGUUUUGGGGCUGGCGGACUAUCUGGUGCGAGUGCUACCUCCGGAUCCUUUGGUUCCGGUUUCGGAAGUGGACAGGCGGGCGCUACAGCAACCUCCGGAUCAUUUGGUUCCGGUUUUGGUGGUGCCGGACUAUCGGGCGCCAGUGCUACAUCCGGGUCCAUUGGUUCCGGUUUCGGAGGACUAGCCAGUGCUACGGCAACCGCUGGAUCCUUUGGUUCCGGCUUUGGAGCUGGACUAUCUGGUGCCACUGCUGCCUCCGGCUCUUUUGGAUCUGGUUUCGGUGGAAGUCUGUCGGGAGCGACUGCCAAUUCAGCAUCUUUUGGAUCUGGCUUCGGGACGACUGGCGUAUCGGGGGCUACUGCUAACUCGGGCACCUUUGGAUCUGGCUUUGGAACGACUGGAGUAUCAGGGGCUACCGCUAACUCCGGUACCUUUGGGUCAGGGUUCGGGGGUGGUCAAUCAGGAGCAACUGCUACCUCCGGCUCCUUCGGUUCUGGUUUUGGAGGUGGACAAGCAGGUGCAGCGGCCACCUCGGGAUCCUUCGGUUCUGGCUUUGGGGCUGGCUUAUCGAGCGCCACCGCUACAUCCGGGUCCUUUGGAUCUAGUUUAGGCGGGGGCCAGUCGGGCGCUACGGCCAAUGCAGGAACUUACCAAACCGGCUUUGGGACGACUGGAGUAUCCGGGGCUUCUGCCAACUCCGGAUCCUUAGGUUCUAGUUACGGGGGUGCGCAGGCAGGCGCUAAUUCAGGCUACUUUGGUCCCGGUUUUGGGGCAGGCCUAUCGGGUGCAACUGCUACAUCCGGGUCCUACGGUUCUGGUUUUGGGGGUGGAUUUUCAGGCGCCUCUGCCAAUUCAGGGUCAUUUGGAGCGGGAUUGUCGGGUGCAACGGCAAACGCUGGGUCUUUAGUUUCUGGGUUUGGAGGGCAGUCCGGUUCUUCUGCCACUUCGGGAUCCUUUGGUUCUGGUUUCGGAGGAGGGCAAUCAGGUGCCACUGCAACCGCUGGGGCUUUUGGGUCCAGCCAAGGUGGCCUAGGUCAGUCAUUUGCCGGUGGCCAGUCAUUUGGUGCAAACGGAGCUACCUCAUCCAGUGCUACUUCCGGUUCCCAAUCGUUUGGUGGUCUGCCCGGGUAUACCACUGGUUACUCCGGCGCCCAGGCUACUUCGGGCAGCUACCCUUACUACCCAGGCAGGUGGCCCGGCUACCUGCACGGGUCACAUGCCACGGCUCAGUCGUACAGCAAUGGCGGAUACGGGGGGCCCUACCGCCCCGGACGCUCCUUUAGACCAAGAGGAUCGGCUGCUGCUGCUGUCAGUGGAUCAGGACCGUCACCCGGACCCGGACCCGAAUCCGACAGAGGACGAGCCUUGUCUCAAGCAUUCGCCGGGGGCGGUGGAGCAGCAGGCUUCGCGACUG